AUGACAGCUAAACUUGGAACAAAAUAUAGUAAGUUUCAUGUAGACCUUAUUAAAUGCCUUAAUCAUUACAUUGAUCAAAAUGAAUUUAAAGAAUUAUGGAAUAAUAUUAUGGUAAAUGAUAAUUAUUCCAGAGCAAAAUCAUACUUAGAAGUUCUUAAUCAUUGGCGUGAGCAGUGGGUACUAGCAUAUCUUAAAGACUAUUUCUUUGCCAAUAUAUCAUCAACACAAAGAAGGGAAUCUAUGAAUAAAUUGUUAAAAGGGUUCCUUGACACAUUUGAUGUUUGUGAGGAGGCUGAGCAUCUUUCUUUAUACAAAGAGCUUGAUGUAUACACAUGUGAGGAAAUAACUAGUGAUGAUGAGUUGUGCUGUUUUAAAUUGUCUUGUUAUGAAAAACCUGAUGCUAUAUGUUGGGUAUGUUAUGAUGGCUGUAAAUUUGCAUGCAGUUAUCGUAACUUUGAGUUUGCUAGAAUAGUUUGUCGCUAUUCUCUUGCAGUUGCACUUGAACUUGCUAAAGAUUAUAUUAACUUUUAUAGUUGCUCACAAUUUCAAGAAUUGGGAACUCAAACAUUGCAUGAAUCAUCUAGUAAAGGCGCUGCUCAUUUUCAAUAUAUGUGUAUUCAUCGAUUAUUGGGAGAAAUUGUAAGCAGAAUUGCAACAGACUCUACUAAAUAUGUAGAUUUUAUGUCAUAUCUCAAGAAGUACUUAGAGACAUUAUAUGAUACUACUAAUGAUUUGAAUUUGACCUAUAUGCUAUGA